AUGACCUCCCAGCUGCAGUGGGUGAGAUGGCUCUGCUCUGCUCUCCUGGGCUACCUGAGCUGCUGCUGCGCUCCGCAGGCUGAGGCGCAGUUCCCCCGCGUCUGCAUGACAGUAGAGGCGCUGCUGGCCAAGCGCUGCUGCCCAGCCUUGGGGCAAGAGCCAGGCAAUGUGUGUGGCUCCCAGCAGGGCAGGGGAUCAUGCAGGGAGGUGCAGGUGGACACCAGGCCAUGGAGCGGCCCGUACACCCUCCGCAACGUGGAUGACCGGGAACGAUGGCCCCUGAAGUUCUUCAAUCAGAGCUGCCAGUGCACAGGAAACUUUGCUGGCUAUAAUUGUGGUGACUGCAAGUUUGGCUGGACUGGCCCCAGCUGCGAUGAAAGGAAGCCACUUCUUGUCCGGAAAAAUGUCCAUGCUUUGACUGCAGCGGAGAAAGAGCAGUUCUUAGAUGCUUUAGACCGUGCAAAGAAUACCACUCACCCAGACUAUGUGAUUGCUACACAGCACUGGCUGAGUCUCCUUGGGCCCAAUGGAACUGAACCACAAGUUACAAACUGCAGUAUUUAUAACUACUUUGUGUGGCUUCAUUACUACUCAGUCAGGGACACCCUAUUAGGACCUGGCCGCCCAUUCACCGCUAUAGAUUUCUCCCACCAAGGACCUGCCUUUGUUACUUGGCAUAGGUACCAUUUGCUGCUGCUGGAAAGAGAUCUCCAGAGACUGAUUGGCAAUGAAUCCUUUGCAUUGCCCUAUUGGAAUUUUGCCACAGGUAGAAAUGAGUGCGAUGUGUGUACAGAUCAGCUUUUUGGAGCAUCAAGACCAGAAGAUCCAAGCCUAAUAAGUCAGAAUUCAAGGUUCUCACGCUGGGCAAUAGUGUGCAAUAGCUUGGAUGAUUACAACCGUCUGGUUACACUGUGUAAUGGGACUAAUGAAGGGAUUCUACAGAGGAACCCACAAGGGAAGUCUGGCGAGCAGCUGCCAACCAUGGAAGAUAUCCAGAACUGCCUUUCACUUCAAGAGUUUGAUAAUCCUCCUUUUUUCCGGAAUUCUAAUUUCAGCUUCAGGAAUGCCCUGGAAGGGUUUGGUAAACCAGAUGGAACUUUUGUCUCCCCAGUGGUGAGCCUGCAUAACUUGGUUCACUCUUUCCUGAAUGGAACGAGCGCUUCCCCUCAUGCUGCAGCCAAUGAUCCAAUUUUUGUGGUCCUUCAUUCUUUUACGGAUGCCAUCUUUGAUGAGUGGAUGAAACAAUUUAACCCCUCUGACAAUGCUUGGCCUCUGGAGCUGGCCCCUAUUGGGCACAACAGGAUGUUCAACAUGGUCCCUUUCUUCCCUCCUGUGACCAACGCUCAACUCUUUCGAGCUGCAGAACAACUUGGCUACAGCUAUGCCAUUGACCUGCCAGAUUCACUUGAAGAAACACAUGCUUGGGCUAUUACGGUUGGAUCCACUAUUGGAGGAGCACUGAUAGCUUUAGUUGUACUAAUUAUGCUGCUUGCACUCUUUCAGCACAGAAGAAACAGAAAAGGUUUUGAACCACUGAUGAAUGCAAGAUUCAGCAAAAAAAAUUAUACAGAAGAGGCCUAG